AUGACGAUGCCAAAUAGGAGACAAGGUAUCUUUUCAGAUACAGACAACAUUGAGGAACUGGAGCCUCGAUCUGGGUCAGCGGAAGAAACUCGCGAUUACCCUACUGGUCUCAAAUUCUGGCUCGUAAUCAUCAAACUGGGCGCAUUGCUCGUUCUUGGCGGACUGGACACCAAUAUCGUCGCCACUGCUGUACCAAGCAUCUCCAACCACUUCCAUACGGUAGCCGAUGUUGGUUGGUAUUCAUCAGCCUUCAGGCCCUGCUCCUGCGCACUCCAAUUCAUUUUCGGCAAAAUGUACAAGCUUUUCUCCGUGAAGCGCAUCUUCCUCCUCGCCAGCGUCAUCUUCUUGCUGGGAAGCUUGCUGUGCUCAACAACUACAACGUCGGCUAUGUUUGUAGCCGGCAGAGCCAUCACUGGGGUUGGCUUCGCAGGCAUUAUUAGGGGCUUUUUCACCAUCCUGACACAUAUUGUACCUCUUCGUAAAAGACCCUUUUACUGCGGCAUGUGGGAGGUGUCGAAAGCGUUGCCGUGCUCGGCGCUCCCAUCCUUGGUGGACCUCUUCAUUGCACUUUCCUGGGCCAGCACCAAGUAUCCCUGGGACGACGGGAAAGUCAUCGGGCUUCUCGUCACCUUCGCCGUCCUCAUCGCAACUUUCUCUCUCAACCAACGGCGCGGUGGUGAUACUGCGGCAUUACCGCCACGCAUCAUGAAGAACCGCAACGUCAUCGCCGGCGCCAUUUUCACAAUGUGCACCAACAGUGCCAUUAAUGUCCUCGAAUACUACCUGCCGACCUAUUACCAAGUCGUGCACGAGUAUUCUCCGAGUAAAAGCGGUUACAUGAUGGCCCCGAUCGUUGUCGGAAGCGCGCUCGGCAUGUUCCUUUGCGGAUCUGGAACGAGCAUGGUGGGUUAUUAUACGCCUUUCAUGCUCUUUUCAUCAAUUACUAUGCCUAUCUUUGCAGGUCUAAUCACAACAUUUGGUGUGAACACGGACAUUGCACGACUUAUCUCAUACACUGGCGCAUCCGGAUUGGCAAGCGGAAUUGCAUUCAAUGCACCAAUGAGUGCGGUACAAACAGUACUCUCAACCGAAGAUGUCUCGCUCGGCUUGUCUAUCGUACUGUUUGCUCAACACUUUGGCCCCCGCAGUCUCUCCUCAAAUUUGGCUGGGCUAAUUCCCAAUCUGACAUCGACGGAUAUUGGAAACAAUGGCUUGAUGGAAAUCACGGGGCGUGCACCGCCUGCGCUGCACAAUGCAGUGCUCGCAGGAGUCAGUCGAAGCAUUAGCGUAAAGUGGUAUGUUGCUGUAGGACUCACAUGUGCGACGCUAGUUGGGAGUCUGCUCAUGGAAUGGCGCUCUGUCAAAGAGAAGAAGACUUGA